UCAUUACGCUCAAUGAAUCUUAUUUUCCAGUUUAGUCAUGAAAUGCUUGGAAAAAAUUUGGUAGUUGCAAAUUUAUAAGUGUGCUCAACAUCAUUAAAAAAUAUAAGUUUACGCAAUUGAAUAAAAUGCAGCGUCAAAUGUUCUUUCAUUCUAGAAAUGCAAAGGGAUCGAGGAAAUGCUUCUGUGUGAAAGUUACUGAACAGGGCAGCAGAAAUUCUGGAGCAACAAUGUCUUGGAAGUGGAUAUUACUGUUAGGAGUGUGCCUCGUCAUGGUCAGCGCAGCGGCUGCCCAGGAAGAAGACACCAAUGGCAAUGAGGUAGAAGAGCCUUCAAAAGAGGAUGGAAAAUUCUUCCCCAAGUUGCUAUCCCACAUCUUUGACAUCCUCAGCUUCAGAAAGGUUGUUGCGGAACUGAAGGUGGGCAAGACAUCCCCCACCAUGUGCUUCGUGUGCAAGUUCGGCAUAGCGCUCCUGCAGCACUUUGUGGAGACAGACAAACCUCAGGAAGAGAUCGCCCACAUUGCCUACACCAUCUGCUCUACACUCAAGUUGGACAGCGAUCGAGUUUGCGCAGGAAUCAUCAAUCUCUUUCAGGAUGAAAUGAUGUACAUUUUCAAAAGGACAACGUUAGGCCCACAAGAAGUGUGCGGUGUUUUGAUGGGUAACGAAUGUGCUCGUAUUUCAUCACCUCUCCAUAAUUGGACAGUUCCUUUGAUGGCUUUCCCGAAACCACCUGUUCAAAAAGUGUUGGAACCUUUGCAAGGAGCCCCCACGCUAAAGGUCCUUCACCUUUCGGACACUCACCUGGACCCCUACUACAUGGAAGGUGCCAACGCUGACUGUAAAGAGCUCAUGUGCUGCCGGAUUGCUGACGGUCCAGCACCUACACCUGCUCAGGCCGCAGGGAAGUGGGGAGACUACAGGAACUGCGACACACCCCUCAGGACUCUGGAACACAUGCUGCGCCAUAUAACAUCCAGGCACAAAAUUGAUUACGUGCUGUGGACCGGUGACAUUCCUCCCCACGAUGUGUGGAACACUACCAAAGCAGAACAGGUGCGAGUGUUGCACCUCGUAUCCAAAAUCCUUGCUAAGCAUCUACCCGGAAUUCCUGUUUAUCCAGCCCUUGGAAAUCACGAAAGUGCUCGCAUUAACAGUUUCCCUCAACCAGACGUGACGGGAAAAUUUUCGAUCCAGUGGCUUCACGAGGCGGUGACGGAAGCGUGGGGAAGGUGGCUCCCACGAGAUGCGCAGCGCACCUUGAGAGAGGGAAUGUAUUACGCAGUUCGAAUCAAUCCUGGUUUGAGGCUGCUUUCUCUGAACAUGAAUUAUUGCAAUAGUCAAAACUGGUGGAUGCUUUUAAAUUCGACAGAUCCUGGUCAAGAGCUCGAAUGGUUGGUACACCAACUGCAAGAGGCAGAACUUCGAGGAGAAAAGGUCCACAUCAUCGGACAUAUACCUCCCGGGCAUAGCGAUUGCCUACCAGUGUGGAGUGCUAACUAUCACCGAAUUAUAAACAGGUUUGAAAAUACAGUGCGUGCACAGUUCUUCGGACACAGUCAUUUGGACGAACUGGAAGUUUUCUACGAUGACGACCGCCGGCCCACAAACGUCGCCUAUAUUGGUCCGUCUGUGACGAGCUACGAGGGCCUCAACCCUUCCUAUCGAAUAUACACUGUGGACGGGAGUUAUCCCAAGAGCACGAGUGCAGUUCUAGAUCACGAAACAUACUACCUGAAUUUAACAGAAGCGAACUUAAGGGAUCGUCCAAUAUGGCGGAGAUCUUAUUCAGCCCGUCAAGAAUAUGGAAUGCAGAACUUACAACCGGAUCAAUGGAGCAAACUACUUGAUCGCUUUGAAGUAGAUGAUGAUCUCUUCCAAAAGUUCGUUAGGCAUCUGUACCACCUGAGUGAUUUCCCAAGAGAGAUUUGCACUGGGGAGUGUAAACAGGAGACAUUGUGCCGCAUGCGCACAGCGAGAUCUCACGAUUCGACAUUCUGCAUUUGAGGAUUGGACAGAUCUAAUUAUCUUUCAUCAAGAUAAUGAUUAAUUUUUAAGUGAAGAUGAAAAAAUCUUGAAGUAUUCAGCUGAAUGAAAAAACAAGUGAAGGUAACAUUUUAAUAGACAACCAACAUGAAACUGAAGAUGAAUUGUUUCACUUCAUGCUCUGGAAAAACAUUUCUUUUUUUCCCCCUCAUUUCCCAUACUUUAUUUUAGUUAAGAAUUUUGGAAUGAAAGAAUUAAAGUAGCUUACAUUUAGCGAAAUUUUAAGCUUUGAAAUUCCACAUAUUUAAUCCAGAACUCAAAGCACUUAAGUAAAUAAACUGUGUAAUUAACUGAAAACUGCAUUAUUUAAAAAAAAUUAAAUAUAAAUCGGUUUAAUGCUUAAUUCUAUAAGAGCUAUUAUUUCUUGGUAAACUUGGUGAGAUUAAUAUCUUAAACAUAAUCUCUAGUUUUCUUGCAUUGCAUAAUUAUAGCAUAUUAGUAAUUUUAAUCUUAAAAUCUAUAUGUUAAUAAAUGAAAAUAUAAAUCAAAUAAUUAAUUAAUGUGGUGUUUGAAAUUGUAAUUGUGUUAAUAAAAUCGUUUUUUAAUAACAGUUUGAGUAUUAAAUAUAUUUAUUAACACUGUAACUGUUAGCAUUUUUGAAAAAAAAUUAAACCAUUAGCGUUUCAUUUGAAUAAGGAAUGACCUCUUUUGGCCUGUUAUGAUAAUAUCAAACAAAUAAUUCAAAUAUUAAAAUCUAUAUCAAUAUGAUCUCUCUCUCUCUCUACAUAUACAUUUUAUGAUUCAUUUUAGGAAUUUGUAAUUGGUGUAUUUCAGUAUCUUUGAACUUUUGAAGCAUUUAUUAGUCCAGCGCUGGCGUUAGUAGACUGAUGAAAAUAUUUAGAUAUUGAAAAAGCUCUAAAUUGAAAUAUUUUAGAUUACUUUAAGAAGUCAUUCGAAUUUAGCAUGUCAUAUGUAAAGCAUUUUAUUCAAGCCAAACGUAAUCCACAACGCACAGAAAAUUAUCUACUUUUUUCAUUCAUAUAGUCUCCAUUUUAACAAAACAAGAAAACUCUAUGAUAUAUAAAUAUCAAAGCAUUAAAUAUUCAAUAAUUUAGAAAUUUUUUUGAAUUUUACUCUAUUAAGAUUUUAAAAUUUGAUUCGAUGUUGAAAGUGGAAUCUCAUUAUUUACGCAGAAUUAAAAAAAAAAUUGUUGGAAAAAAUAUAGAUGUCUAUUGGAUAAAAAUGCUCUAAAAGUGCUAAUGAAUAUUAUUUCUUCAACAAAUUUUUUUUAACAAUAGUAAGUUUGCAAUUACGUGAAGAAAUAAUUGCGAAAUCGCAAAUUAAAGACAAGAAAUUAUGUAAAUUAAAGAAGUCAAACUAAAAAAAUUAUAUAUAAUUAAAAUGAAAUCUAUGAUCGCAAAUUUCAAGUUAUCAUGUGAGGACAUUAUUAUUUUUUAAGUCAUUAUUUGUCUUAAUUAAUUUAUCCCUCUCUCUCUCUCUCUCUCUCUCUCUCUCUCUAUAUAUAUAUAUAUAUAUAUAUAUAUAUAUAUAUAUAUAUAUAUAUAUAUAUAUAUAUAAUGAUAGUAUGAUUCAUGAUUUAAAUUUUCAUUUUCAAUUUUUGUUGGCAAACAAAGUUUCGGAGCUCUACCGAUUUUGGGAUAGAAUAACGGCUAUGAUGUCAUAGUUCUACGCCAACCUUUUAAAAACGCAUCUGCUCUCAAAGAAGUAUAUGUAAUAAUAAAGCAAUACUGGUAAAAACAGGUCAACCUUUUCAAAAUGCAUAUGCUUUCAAAGAAGCAUACAUAAUAAUAAUGCAAUACUGGUAAAAGCAGGUAAAAAUAUAUACGAUUAAAAGAUGAUGAUGAAAAUUGCCAUUUAUGCUUUAUUCAUUGCCUACGUGAUUUCGAGCUUCAAAACCCCCUAACCAAAACAACAUCAUGUUCUCACAUGAUAAUAGGAUCAUUUUUUAAAAGAAAUUUUGCUUCCUGUAAAAUUGUUAUUGGGCAAUGCAUUUGACUUGUGUAUAUUCCCUUUACAAAGUUUUUGUAAAAGGUUUUUAUAACAUCUAAGAAUUAUUCUUAUGCAUUUCAUAUAAAGGAAUGCUCAAUCUGUAUCAAAUGAACGCUAGCUUUCAAAUAUUGUUGAAUGAAAGUGUUACAUAAUAAUUUUUUAGAUAACAAAAGUUAUUGAAUAAUUUUGUUACUAUCGAAAUUUUUUUUUGAUUGCAUUAAAUCUUCAAAAUAUAAAUAAAUAAACAAACAAAAACACAGUGUGUUUUCAUUUUCUUAGUGAUGAGAAAUGUUAACUUCUUUUAGAAGAAAAUUAAAAAAAAAUCUAUAAGAUUAAAAAGAAAAUUCACAUGAAAUACUGGAAAGAUAAUAAGUCUGAUUGGUUGUCAAGAUAUUUGUUGAAUUGCAGAUGUAUUUGUACGAACGUUUUGCAGAGAGUGAUUGUGUUGCAAAAUGAUAUUGAUGUUCUCUAAAAGCGCAUUCAUGGAUAAUUUGUCUCUCGUUUGUGCUUGUUUGCUUAAAAAGACACGAUUAUGUACAAUCGAAUUUUUUUCAUCGCACGAUUAUAAAAGAAAUCAUUUCAUAAAAUUAAUCAAAUGUAUUAUGACAAUGUAUAUAUAUGAUUCACUAUUUGAAUAUGUAAAAGAAAAUUUAACGGAAUUCUAAGAAUUCAUUUUAAAUUAUGAAUCUAGUUGGAAAACAUUGUCAAGCAUGCUUUGUGUGCCUAUUCAGUCUGGGUACGUUCAGACUGUGACGCAUUUUCAAUGUGCGUUUUCUUCAUGUUUGUGUUUAUUGCGCGCCACGAUUGUUAUGUCAAUAUUUAUUUUCCAAAUAUUUAAUGAUCGGUAUUAUUUAUAUUUCACGUUUUUAUUUAUUGAAGCAUUGUCCGUUGUAUUUUGAGUGUGUGACUUUUUUUUCUGAAAUAAAGGUUGUUUUCUUUA